AACAAGCUCGGGCCAUUUCUGAAAUUACCGACUGUUUAGGGCUUUUAUACUUCGUGCCUUCAAAUUCGAAGAGAUUUCAAAGAAAUGGCGAUAUUCGCGGGAAAAUGCAUUUAUGGCGCUGCAUUUGAGCUUCAGUCCAGAGUUUUCGUGAAGCCAUGUAGGGCGAUGAUGAUUAUAGUCCGAUGCUGUUCGAAUUCGGAUGAAAGCUCCAUGAAUUCCCCAGUUAGGUACACUCCUAAGAAAUCUUUAAAAUAUAAUAAAGUUAAUGAUUAUACUCCGGCUGCAAAGGAAUCCAAGAAUUUCGAAGUGCGUCGAUUCACAAACCCCGAUUCAUUGUAUGUUGAGUUUUCAAAUGCUGGAGAAAGAUCCAGUAUAGGAUUUUCUGUGCACGAGAAAUCACUGGAUAACGAUUUUAAGGAAGGCCAUGUUAUAUCAAAAGAAAAGAAAACUUAUAAUUCAAAUGUGAGAUUAGAGGUCGGUGAACCUGAUUACAAAUGGAGAUCUGCGGAUUCAAAGGUUAUGGAAGAAGCUGAUGAAUUUGAUGCCAUGGAAGGUCUUGAUGAGGAUUUAGAUGAACAUGAUUCUCUUAAUGGAGAAUACGAAAUCAAAAAUCUCACAAUUAAAACUAAAGAAGAAGCUGAGAAGACAGCAAUUAGAUUGCUUGGUGCAAGAGCAUAUACAGCACUUGAACUGAAGAAGAAACUGAUAGGAAAGAAAUUCUCCGAUGAAGUUGUGAAUGCUGUGAUUUCUGACUUCCAAAACAGAGGAUUUAUCAACGAUUUGUUGUAUGCUGAAUCAUUUUCUCGAUCAAGAUGGUCUUCAUCAAGUUGGGGUCCACGUAGGAUCAAGCAGGCAUUGGCCAAAAAGGGAGUUAAUGAUCUGGAUGCACAGAAAGCAAUAAAAGUGGUGUUAGAAGAUGGGGAGUCUGUUCCAAAAUUUGGGUUAUCAAAGCCAUCAAUGGAUCAUCUGUUUGCCCAAGUUUCAAAGCAAUGGCUUCGUGCUAAAGACCUACCAACUGAAAAACAAAAAUCAAGAAUCAUCAAUUGGCUUCAAUACCGUGGUUUUAAUUGGGGCGUUAUUAACUUUAUCUUAAAAAAGUUACAAUCCGAGCAUCCAGUGAAAACUGAUGAUGGGUAGAUGGGUCAAGCUGAGUUAUUUAAUCUUUAAAUUUUCUAAUACUCCCAGAAAUCCUAUCCUUGUUGACUCUAAAUCUAAAUCUAUAUAAUUGCACUCAUUGAUUGAA